AUGCCGAAUUUAAUUGAGGCAACCAUUAUUAACGGAAAAUACGCAGGUGAAAAUGUAUGUAUUCCUCGAAUACCAAUGAUUCCGACUGAUCUUCCGUUUGACUUCAAACGAUUGCAAUUCCCAGUUCGCCUUGCGUUCGCAAUGACAAUUAAUAAGUCGCAAGGCCAAUCGCUUAGUGUUUGCGGGAUAAAUUUGGAAAAUCAUUGUUUUUCACAUGGACAGUUAUACGUUGCGUGUUCACGAGUUGGGAAACCAUCCGCUUUGUUUGUGUUAACGUCAAACCAAAAAACAAAAAAUGUGGUUUACCAAAGAGCACUACAAUGA